AUGGCGAGCAGGCUGAGUCUAUCAAGUGCUAUGGUUGAAGGUACAUCUAAGGACACCGUCCAACGAAGCAUUGAAUCAACCAAGGAGGCUAUGCAAGAGUCGAAUCCCGACCCUGAAAAGGACUGGGAGGAGCCGAAACCUCUUGAUGAAGAAGCCGAAAUUGAGCGGCGACGCCGCCGAAGAGAGGCUAUUCUCAGAAAGUCGCGUGCCUCAACUCCCUUGUUUCUUCAGGCUGUUCAGGCUGACAAACCUGCACCCACAACUCCUGGCUCCACCCAGGUUAGCACGCCUCUGAAGACUCCAGGAACUCCUCGCUCUGGUGUCUCCUCUCCUGCCCUCUCAGCCCGGGGUGCUCAAGAUUCCAUGUCUCCGGAGGCUCUCAAUAUCGCUCAUGAUCACGAUCUGAUCAACACGCAUGGAGAGACAAAAGUUGACGACGAAGACGGGCCAUCCGCUGCAGCAUAUGACCCUACCAUUGACAUGCAAGAAGAUGAGCGCCGAGGCGAAAUGCGUUUUGGCAAUGUUGGCCUACAUGGUGAGGAGCUCGGUGAGUCUGCAAUUGCAAAUGGAGUGCAAGAAGAGGAGCAGCAGAAGAAUGAUGCUACCGCACAAGGAGACGACGAUGACGAUUUCGAUAUGUUCGCCGAAAAUUUCGACGAGGACAAGUUCGUCGCUCCGAAGCCGGCUGCUAAAUCAACGGUUACGAAGGAGGACUCGCUUGCACCCGCUGCGAAUGGCGGCGCGAUCCUCGACGGCGAUGACAAAGAUGGCUACUACAAGAUUCGACCUGGUGAGAUAUUAAAUGGCCGAUAUCAAAUACAAUCAACUCUAGGCAAGGGCAUGUUCUCGGGCGUUGCCCGAGCUGUCGACAUUACGAGCAAGAAGCUCGUCGCCAUCAAGAUCAUGAGGAAUAAUGACGCAUUGAAGAAGGGCGGUUUCACUGAGAUUGCCAUCCUGCAGAAGCUCAAUGACACUGAUCCUGAAAACAAGAAGCAUAUUGUCAAGUUCGAGCGAUCCUUCGAGUACAAGGGUCAUCUCUGCAUGGCAUUCGAAAACCUCAGCUUGAAUUUGCGAGAAGUAUUGAAGAAAUUCGGCAACAAUGUCGGCAUCAACUUGGGUGCAACGAAGGCCUACGCCUACCAGAUUUUCCUCGCUUUGGCCCACAUGCGCAAGUGUAGCAUCAUUCACGCCGAUUUGAAACCCGACAACAUCUUGGUAAACGACCAGCGCAACGUCCUCAAGAUUUGCGACUUAGGCACGGCCAUUGAUCGAUCAGACGCCGCAACCGCGCACAAUGAGAUUACACCAUAUCUCGUCAGCAGAUUCUACCGAGCUCCUGAGAUCAUUCUGGGAAUGCCGUAUGACUAUGCAGUCGACAUGUGGUCUAUCGGCUGCACCCUGUAUGAGCUCUACACCGGAAAAAUUCUAUUUACUGGCGACAGCAAUAACCAGAUGCUGAAGACUAUCAUGGAAAUCCGCGGCAAGAUGAGCGGAAAGCUGUAUCGCCGAGGACAGCUUUGGCAAAUUCAUUUCGAUGAGGCUGGCAACUUCGUCAGCACGGAGAGAGAUAAGGUUUUAGGCAAGACUACAGUCAGAACCUUAGCCAUGGUGAAGCCGACCCGAGACCUGCGCACCCGCCUCAUGGCUGCAUCUAGCGGCAUGAGCGAUGCAGAGACCAAGCAGCUCAAUCUUUUCCACGAUUUGCUGGAUCGCUGCCUGAACCUGAACCCCGAGAAGAGGAUUACGCCGUCCGAGGCGCUACGACAUCCAUUUUUCACAGACAAGGUUGGGCCAUCUUCCCGAAGAUAA